AUGAGAGGGAAAUGUGAGCCACCAAAUAAGACUAAAAAAUCCACUAUAGAUACCGUUGACAGGUUCAUCAAAAAUUUACCAGCUGUACCUUCGCACUAUUGUCGUCAAGACUCAAGCAAAGUUUACCUUCCCCAAGAAUACAAAAAUAUCACCAACUUGUAUAAACUUUAUAAGCAGCAUUACGUGAGCCAGGGUGUGGACGUAGAUGAGAGCAAUGGUAAGCGUGGCGCUAACAAGAUUGCAUCAAUAUUACACAAAUAUAUUCAAUCGGUAGAUACCAGAGGAAACGUCACUCGAUUACUUCUGUAUUGUGACUGUUGUCCGGGCCAAAACCGCAACCGUACCGUGUUGGCAAUGUUGCAUUCAUCAUUACCAGAGUGUAAAAAUAUCGACACUAUUCAAAUAAAGUUUCUCUUUACUGGACACACUUACAUGCCCGUAGAUACAGUGCAUGCUAUUAUUGAAAACAGAUUAAAGAAUACAACUGUUUACGCAUCAUCACAAUGGUUUACAGUUUUUGCAACUGCUAGACAAGAACCAGCGCCUUUCGAUGUAGAAGAUUUUUAUAGAUGGGAUAGUAUUAGUGACAAAUAUUAUAAAGGCAACUUAACUGGAAAAAUAAGCAAGAUCCGAAUUAUGACUUUCAGAAAAGACAAGCAAAGCAUUAAAUAUAAAACAUCUAUGAAUCCUACUGCGGCUUCCUUUGAUAAUGAAGUUCACUCUAAAACCAAAGUAUCUCUUUUACCUUGUUAUCGAUCGCAACUUCCCAUAUCAAAAGCUAAAUAUAUCGAUUUAGUCAAACUUUGCGUGGACAAAGUUAUUCCUAAUUGCUUCAAACAUGAAUUUGUGAACAUUCCACGCGCAACAAAUGUUAAAGAUUGUCUAACCGAAUCAGACAUUGAAGAUUGUGAUAUUAAUAUUUAG